CACCGCGGUCACACCAUCCGCCAGCCGGCCGCGGCGCUGCGUCAGCCAGACAAGAUGGAGACCGCCGAGGAAGACAUAUGUAGGGUGUGUCGGUCUGAAGGAACACCUGAGAAACCCCUCUAUCAUCCGUGCGUGUGUACUGGCAGUAUUAAAUUUAUUCAUCAAGAAUGCUUAGUUCAGUGGCUGAAACACAGCAGAAAAGAAUACUGUGAAUUAUGUAAGCACAGAUUUGCUUUCACACCAAUUUAUUCCCCAGAUAUGCCUUCACGGCUUCCAGUCCAAGACAUUUUUGCUGGACUGGUUACAAGUAUUGGCACAGCAAUACGAUACUGGUUUCACUAUACGCUUGUGGCCUUUGCAUGGUUGGGAGUUGUACCUCUUACAGCAUGCCGUAUCUACAAGUGCUUGUUUACUGGCUCCGUGAGCUCACUAUUGACACUGCCGUUAGAUAUGCUGUCAACGGAAAAUUUAUUGGCAGAUUGUUUGCAGGGUUGUUUUGUGGUGACAUGCACACUCUGUGCAUUUAUCAGUCUAGUGUGGUUACGUGAACAGAUUGUCCAUGGAGGAGCACCACAGUGGUUGGAACAAAAUCAACAGCCACCCAAUGGUCUUGGCCAACAAAAUGAGGCUCAGGGGGUAGGAAAUGGUGGAGGUGAAAAUGCUGCACUUGAUCAACCUGCUAACCCACCUGCUGAGAAUGCAGUUGUAGGCGAAAACCCAGAAAUUCAGGAAGAACAGGGAGAUGAGGAAGAGGAAGACAAUGAAGAUGAAGAAGAUGCUGUAGUAGAAGAUGCAGCAGAUGCAAACAAUGGAGCCCAAGAUGACAUGAAUUGGAAUGCUUUGGAAUGGGAUCGAGCAGCAGAAGAGCUUACAUGGGAGAGAAUGCUUGGGCUUGACGGAUCUCUGGUUUUUUUAGAACAUGUCUUCUGGGUGGUGUCUUUAAACACACUGUUCAUACUUGUGUUUGCUUUUUGUCCUUACCACAUUGGUCACUUCUCUGUUGUUGGCCUGGGUUUUGAGGACUAUGUUCAAGCAUCUCACUUUGAAGGCCUAAUUACAACAAUAGUUGGCUAUGUGCAGCUAGCAAUAACUCUAAUUGUUUGCCAUGGUUUGGCUGCGCUUGUAAAAUUCCAAAGAUCACGUCACUUAUUGGGAGUCUGCUAUAUUGUUGUUAAGGUUUCCUUAUUAGUGGUUGUAGAAAUUGGUGUGUUCCCCCUUAUCUGUGGCUGGUGGCUGGAUAUAUGCUCUUUGGAAAUGUUUGAUGCUACUUUGAAAGACAGAGAGUUGAGCUUUCAGUCUGCCCCUGGUACCACAAUGUUCCUACACUGGUUAGUGGGAAUGGUUUACGUCUUUUACUUUGCAUCUUUCAUUCUCUUACUGAGAGAGGUACUGAGACCUGGUGUCCUGUGGUUUCUGAGGAAUUUGAAUGAUCCGGAUUUUAAUCCAGUUCAGGAAAUGAUUCACUUGCCCAUUUAUAGACAUCUCAGGAGGUUUAUUUUAUCAGUGAUCGUCUUUGGGUCAAUUGUCCUGCUCAUGCUUUGGCUUCCUAUACGUAUUAUUAAGUAUCUCUUGCCUAAUUUUCUUCCAUAUAAUGUCAUGCUCUACAGUGAUGCUCCAGUGAGUGAACUUUCUCUGGAGCUGCUUUUGCUUCAGGUGGUGCUGCCAGCUCUGCUUGAACAAGGACACACGAGACAGUGGUUGAAAGGUCUUGUACGAGCAUGGACUGUUACGGCUGGGUACUUACUGGACCUCCAUUCUUACUUACUUGGAGACCAGGAAGAGAAUGAGAACAAUGCAAACCAGCAACCUAAUAACCAGCAUGCUCGCAAUAACAAUGCCAUUCCAGUUGUGGGAGAAGGUCUUCAUGCAGCCCAUCAAGCCAUACUUCAGCAAGGAGGACCUGUGGGUUUCCAGCCUUACCGUAGGCCUUUAAAAUUCCCACUCAGGAUAUUUCUGUUGAUUGUUUUCAUGUGUAUAACAUUACUGAUUGCCAGUCUUAUCUGCCUUACAUUACCAGUAUUUGCUGGCCGUUGGUUAAUGUCAUUUUGGACGGGAACAGCCAAAAUCCAUGAACUGUACACAGCUGCUUGUGGUCUUUAUGUCUGCUGGCUAACCAUUCGGGCGGUGACCGUUCUAGUCGCAUGGAUGCCGCAGGGUCGCAGAGUGAUUUUUCAGAAGGUUAAAGAGUGGUCCCUCAUGAUAAUGAAGACACUGAUAGUAGCUGUGCUACUAGCUGGUAUGGUUCCACUUCUGCUUGGUCUUCUGUUUGAACUGGUAAUCGUUGCUCCUUUGAGAGUUCCUUUGGAUCAGACACCUCUAUUCUACCCAUGGCAGGACUGGGCUCUUGGAGUUCUGCAUGCCAAAAUAAUUGCUGCCAUAACUCUGAUGGGCCCACAAUGGUGGUUGAAAACAGUUAUCGAACAGGUUUAUGCAAAUGGCAUUCGUAAUAUCGAUUUACAUUUUAUAAUUCGUAAACUGGCAACACCUGUCAUCUCUGUUCUAUUACUUUCCCUUUGUGUACCUUAUAUCAUAGCUUCUGGUGUUGUUCCUUUGUUAGGUGUUACUGCUGAAAUGCAAAAUUUAGUACAGCGCCGAAUUUAUCCUUUCCUACUCAUGGUGGUGGUUUUGAUGGGGAUCCUGUCCUUCCAGGUCCGCCAGUUCAAGCGCCUUUAUGAACAUAUUAAAAAUGACAAGUACCUUGUUGGGCAACGACUUGUGAAUUAUGAGCGAAAAUCUGGUAAACAAAGCACAUCAACACCGCCACCUCAGUCUUCACAAGAAUAGAAUGGUCACAUUAAACACCUCAACCUUUUCUUUGCCUUUAAAUGUCCUUUUUCACAGACUUUUCUUCAAUCUUUGGAUAUCCUUCCCAAUGAUCUUCUCAGCAGUGUUUUUAUUUUUUGCUUCUCUUCGUAGCAUUCAGAUAGCAGUUAAGGUUCUGCUCCUUUACCUGCAUAUUCUGAUGUUAUCAGUGCUGUCUGAGGUCUGUAAAUGUGUAAAUAGAAGUAUCCUGAUACCUAAAACGUUGGAUUAAAAAGAAUGUGCAUUGUACAUCUUUAAAAAAGUAUAUUAAUUUAUUAAAUCUAGUUGUCACUUUA